AUGUUACAUUUACACAAUUCAUGUGUAUCAGAUAUUGAAAAUAUUGAAUAUAUAUUAAAAAAAAAGGAUUACAAUGGAAUAAAAACAAAUAGAGAAAUUAAAAAAAUUUUUAAAGAUUUAGGUUCCGCUUAUAAAAACUUUAGCGAAUCAUUAAAAAAAAUUCAUAAUGAAAGUAAGAAUUUAAUUUCAGUUAUUAAAAAAGAUAGUGAUAAAGAUAAUUCAGAACAAGUUUAUUUUGCUGAUUGCUUUAUUAAUAUAGUUUCUGUUAUAAAAAAUAUAUACGAGGAAAACUUGGCUGUUAGUGAGAAAAUACAAAAAAACAUUGUUGAUGAAUUUGAAAAAGAAGAGAGAGAAAGAGUUAGUAAUAUAAAUUCUAUAUAUAAAGAAGAAAUUAAUGAUAAUAAUAAUGAACAAGAAGAAUAUGUAAAAAAUGAAGUUCAUAUAAAUGAAGAAGAAAAAAAUAAUAAUAUACAUAUUGAAGGUUUACCAUUAAGAGAUAUUGAAAUUGAUUUAAAAAGGUGUUUAGAAAAUAAGGAUUUUUCAAACAAAUACAUAAGUCAUACAAAAUAUAAGAUUUAUUUUUCAGAAUUAAAUAAAUUAAACUUAAAAUUAGAUAAAGAGAUUUAUUCUUUUAAACAACUAAUACAGAAAUUUGGUAAAAAUGCUAGCAAAUUGCUUAUACAUAAAUCACAAGAAAGAAUAAGUGAGAUUCAAAAUAAAAAAAAAAAUAUUCUUGAAUUUUUAUAUAACGAUAUAGUCGAAUUAAAAAAAAAUAAGAUUAACUUGAUAAAUGAAAAAAAUGAAUCAGAAGUUUUAAUAGAUAAUAAAAAUGAAAAGAAAGAAUAUGACAAUAAAGAAAAACAUGAAGAUAAAAAGAAUCCCAAUGAGUACCUUAGAGGUAAAUGUCUGAAAAAUAAUCAAAAUUCUUUUUUCUCAAAUCUUUAUCUGGAGAAAUUUGAAAUAAGAGAGAAAUAUAGAAUAGAAGUAUUAUAUUCAAGUUUUAGAAUAUUUUUAAAAGCUUUAGCUGUCAAACAUAUCAAUGUUAAUAAAGCAUUAUAUAAAAGUGCUAAUGAAGUAAGUUCAUAUGAUUCUCUUAUAGACUAUCAGAAAUGGCUCAGCAAUAUUUUAAAGAAAAAUUUAGAUAUUACAUAUUUACAAGAAAAAAUACAAAAAAAUAACAUAUUGACAAAAGAAGAAGAAUAUUUAUUAAUGCCUUCUGAUUAUAAUUUUUUUAAUAACAAUUCAAUAAACUUAUUUGAAAAAGAAAAUGAAAAUACUUCACAUUUUCAGAAAGGGGAAUUGAUUUUUAAAGAGCAAAGUGAAAAAGAAAUUGAUGCUCAUAGGGAUAGUCAAUUCCCCGAUGAAUUUUAUAUCCCUAUAAUAAUAAAAAAAAGUAAUAUAAAUUUAACAAAUAAAAAUUCUACUAAUAUAAAGCAUUCAAAUAAAAUUAAAGAAGAAAUAAGUAUAAAAGAAUUAUUAAAAAAAAAUAGUGUGAGCAAUAAUUUAAAUAUUAAUACAUAUUUAAAUAAUAAUGACAUGAAUAAAGAAAAAGAUAUAAUUACUUUUUUAACUAAUAGACAGAAAAAUUAUGAAAAAUAUCUAUUGCAGUUUAACAACUUAAGUACAUAUAUAUAUCGAAAUGAAAAAAAAAAAGAUAAAAGAAAAUGGUUUGAUAAAAAUUUUUUUCAAGGUUAUUUCUAUGAAGAAGGUCAUAAUUUUUAUCCAUUCAAAAUUCCAUCAGGUAUGAAUAAUUUAUCAUUUUUUCAAAAUAUUCAUUCCUUUUCGUUAAAUACCAUUGAUUUUGGUGAUAAUAAUAUUAACGAAUAUGAUUACAAGUUGCUAGCUUAUGAAUCAGUUCUUUUAGUUUAUUAUUCCUUAUCCAUUCAAUUAAAUUGCUAUUUUUUAUUUGAUGUAAAUAAUAAACAUAAAAUUAAUAAAUCAUCUUAUAAAAAAGUUUAUGAAAAAUUUUCCUAUGCUUCAAAAAUAUUAAUGAAUGAUAUAGACAAAUAUUAUUUGAAAAAUAAUAGUAUUAAUGAAAUAGAGAAGACAUGCUUAGAAAACGUGAAAGGUAUUCAAAAUAAAGACAACAAUAAUAUAAAAUAUCAAAAAAUGAAAGAAGAAAAUGAACCCGCAUCAACAAAUUGCGUGAAUGAUUAUUUUGAAUACAUUGAUUAUAUUUAUAAUGUAAAGUUACAAAAUUUACUAUUAAUAAAAAGAAUUAUAAGUAUAUUUAGAAUAAAACUAAAUUUGAAUUCUAAAACAAAUGACUUAAUUACAUUACUUACUAUUCCUAAUCAUUAUAUGAACUAUGGUUAUAAAUUGUCUUUUCAUGUUCUUGAUGUACGUUUUAGAAUUAUUAGAAUUUUAGAUAGCUUAAACUUUAAUCAUAUAUUUGAUUUCGGUAAUAAAAAAAAUGAGUAUGAUGAAUUAAAUCAUAAAGAUGAAUAUAGUAUAUAUAUAAAUUGGUUAAAAAGACAAUUACAUUUGCUUUAUGUAUCCUUAUAUUUAAAAUUUAGUCGAUUUAUAAAAUUUAUUCCUUACUUCAAUUUUUCUUUUUAUCCAUAUAUAUUUGAUAAUAUCAAUAUAUUUAAAAACAAUGAAGAAUAUUUUAGUUACAUAAAUAAAACCAGUGAGGAUAAUUCAUUUAUUAGGUAUAUUAAAAAUGUUCAAAAUAAAAUAAAAAAAAUUUAUGAUUUCAUCUUAAUUAAUAAGAGUUAUAAAAGAAAAACACAAUUAAACGUAAAAAUCAGUAAGAAUGAUCAAAAUAAAAAUGAUGUAAAUUUUGUUUGCUUUAAUUCAUUAGAAAUGGAUGAAAAAAUUAUAUUUAUUUGUAACUUAUUGUUAAAAAAUAUAAUUAAAUCAUUUCACAUAAUUUAUAAGUUGCAAUCUAUUAUAAAAAAAAAAAAAUGGAAUAAUGGAGAAUACGAUGAAAAAAAGGAUUUGUCCAAUCUGAUUAAAUAUUUUACCAAAAUAGAAUAUUACGAUUUCGAAAUAAGGAAUAUUAUGUCUAAUAUACAUAAAAAAAAAAAAAAUCAAGAAAUUUCUAGAGUCAGUAAACAUGAUAUAAAUGAAUAUAGGGAUAAGUUAUAUAAUAAUACUAAUGUACCUUUUCAUUCUGAGCAUUCAUCAGAAUUUAAUAAAAAAAAACAUGAAAUUUUUGAUGACAAUUCAAAUAUUGAUUAUGACAAGCUAUUUAGAAAUAUUUUUAUAAAUGAAAUUACAUAUAAAGAGAAUAGUGGUUAUAUUUUAGGAUCGAAGAAACAAACUAAAUAUAAUGAAAAUAAAACUUUGGAUAGAGGUGUAAGUAAGAAGAAUAAACAUGUUUCUAAUUUUUUUAUAAAAAAAGAAAAUAAAAAUAAUUUGAUAAUAAAAAAAAAUAGUAGUAAUGAGAAUAUUACAAUAAAAACAUAUUUAACAAAAAAAGAAAAAAAAAAAAGAAGCAAAAUUUUCUAUAAAUUAAAUGUAGAAACAGUCUUAUGCUCUUGUUGGUUCAUUGAUAGAAUUUUAUUACAUUUUUUUUUGUAUUUUUACUUUUCAUGUAUAAUUGAUUACACAUCUAAAUCAAAUAUGUAUGCAGAUUCUCCUUAUAUUAUUCAAGGAAUAAUUUUAAUUAUUUAUUAUUUGCAAUCAGGUAAUGACUUAACCUUAAAAACUAAAAAACAAUAUAAUGAUGGGUUGGAAUCUACAUUAAUUCCUAUUUCAACUUUUAUACUUUACUUUGUAAUUCAUUUAUUUUAUUCUUUUUUUGAUAAAGAUUUAUUAUCAAUACAAGAAAAUAAAGAUCAAGAUCGUUUACAAUUAUUUUUAAAAAGGAGACGCUUUGAUAACAGGGAAAAAGAAACAGAUGCAAAUAUAAGAGAUACUUAUUCUAAAUAUAAGAAUCAAAUGAUCACUGUUCAAAAUGCAAGCAAAUUUUAUUUUAUAGUAAAAAAUUUUGAGGAUUUCUUGUCUUAUAGAACAGUUGAUGAAAAGAUAUUGGAGAUUAAUAAAAAUAAUAUUGAUAUAAAUAAUACAGAAAAUUAUGAAGGGAAAUCAUCGUAUAGCGAAGAAACAGAAGAAAAGGAAUCCUCUAUUAUAAAAAGUGAUCAGGAUAAAAAAGACAAAAAAUAUAAAAAAAAAAAAAAAAAAUUCUUACUAUGUGCUGUCAUUCCAAAAAAUAGUCUUUCUUUUGAUAGUCAGGUAACAAUUGACGAAGAAUGUAAAAGAAAAAUAGAAAAGAAAAAAAUAAUGAAAAAACAACAAAAUAAUGAUAUGAUAUAUUUAAAAAGGUACUAUAAUAUUUUAUUAUUUUUUAAUUAUAAUCAUUUAGAAAAUUUAAUCAGUCCAUAUGUUCCUAACAUUUUAUCUUAUUAUUUAAAUGAACAAUUUUAUACUAACGAUUAUUUUUUUUUUAAUUUUAUUAUAUCAAAUAAUAAAAAAAAAAUGAAUAAUAUAAAUUGUAAAUUAAACAUGAAACACAAAAACAAAUAUGAUGACUUUAAUAUAAUUAAUAAAAAAAAUAAACACGAAAAAUAUUUAGAUGAUAUUUCUAAAGAUAAUUAUAGCUUAAAUUAUGGUUCGAAUAAUAAUAAAAAUGUUUUAGAUUAUAAAGAAAAAUGCAUAAAUAACCAUAACAAGAAACCUAGCAAAAUGUCUAAUGCAGAAAAUGAUAAUAUUAUUAUAAAAUAUAACACUAAUAAAAAUUUUAAUAAUUUCUCAUUAAUAGAUAUAUCAAGAAUUGAGAAAAUCAUGAUAGAUAUAUUGCUCAUGAGAAUAAUUAGCUGUGAUUUUAGAAAUUAUUUUUUUCUUAUUUUUUGCAAUUAUAGAAAAUUUAUCGACAUGUACUCCUUACCAUAUAUAUUGGAUAUAUUUGUGAUAAUUCAUAAUUUCUUUACAAUAAAUGGUAAUAAUAAAAAAUCAAAAAAAUUAAAUACUUACAAUAUAAAAGGUAAAAAUAAAAACAAGAAUAAUGACGAAGAUAAAGAUCCAAAGGAUGAUCAUUUGCAAUGUCAGCUUAAUGAGCAUAUCCAAAAUGAAGAAGAAUAUAGUGAAUUAUUUGAACUUAGUUAUAAUAUUUAUUUUGAAGAUGACGACAUUAACGAAUAUAAUGAAGAAAAUGAUAAUGAUGAGGAAAACGGGUAUGAUACUAUAGAAACUGCAUAUAAGAAAAAAGAGAAAAAAGAAAAUAUUUCCAUUGUUCAUGAUAAUAAUAUUUCAAAUAAAGAAAAAAAGAAAGUAAAUUUUCAGGAUGACACAAAUAAUUUUAAUAAAAAGAUAUUAAAUGAAAAUGAUAUUUUUGGUAAUAAUUUAAAAAAAAUUAGUGAUGGUAAUUCGUAUAAUAAAGAUCCAACGAACAUUAUAAAUUUUAAUUUUUAUAGUAUUUUGAAUACUCAUAAACUAUCUAAUUAUUUUAAAUAUUUUAUAUAUAAUAGUUCUAAAAAUAUAUUUUAUAACAUUUUAUCUAGCGUAAAAGAUGAUAUAGAAUUAAACAAAAAUGUUAAUUAUGAUAACUUAAUAAAUUAUGAAAAUGAUUAUACUAAAAAUGUUACUGAUGGAAUACAAAACAUAAAUGAAAACAAUUAUACAAACGAAGAAGAAGACAUAGAUAAAAAUAGUGAUAAGAAAAAAGAGAAUUAUUCACAAAAUUCUGAUGAUAUUAUAAUUAAUCAUUAUGUAGAUAUUAUAAAAAAAUACAUAAAUGAAAUUAUCGUUGAAAUUUUAUUUUUUUCUAAUAUAUGGAAACAUUAUUUACCAUUAGAGGAACACCCAUUAAUAGUAUUAUAUGCAGCUAAUAAAACUUUGUAUUAUGAAGUUUUAAAACUUAUAAAGUAUUUCAAAGAUAAAAAUUUAUUUAACCAGUCAUUCUCUAUCAUUGUCUCUUUAUACAACUUUAAUUUGUUAAAUAAAGAAAUAGUUCUUCAAACUAAUACAUAUGUGAAAUAUCAAUUAUUGGUAAGUAAAAAUUGUGAAAUAUCCCAUAAAAAAGAGAAGACAAAAAAUGAUGGUAAUGCUAAUAAUAAGAAUAAUAUUAAUUAUAAUAGAUUAGAUAAUAAUAAAUGUAAAAAUAAAAAUGAAAAAAUGAAAAAUAAAGUUUUACAUUAUUACGAAAAUAGAAGCUCUUUUAAAGCGACCAACUCUGAUAAAAAUGUUGAAGAAUAUUAUAAUAUGCUUAAUAAUGAAAUUAUUGAAAGUGAAGAAAAAGAUUAUAAUAAUAAUUCAGAUAAAGAUGAUAUGUUUAUAAAUUUAUCAUUAAUAAUUUCCAAUUCAAACAAUCCAUGUAUGAUAAAAUUAAUGUUCAUGUUAGAAAAAAUAUUUAUCCAAAUUAUUGAUGAAAAACUAGAGGGUAAACAUAAAUUAUUAACAGAAUGUUUAAAAAAUGAAAAACUUAUUCCUUUGAAUUUCCCUGAUAUUAUUUAUAAUUCAACCGCUGUUGAUAUUUUUUCAAUUAUUUCUCACAUUUUAGAAGUAUUAUUUGAAUAUAAAUGCCCAAUAGAAUGGAUUAUUACACCCUUUUUGGGGUUUUUAAAUAGCUUUAUAAAUGAAUAUUGUGAAAACUAUAAAAAACUUUAUUCCUCUUUCAUUAUAUCAGUACUUAAUCAAUAUACAGAUAAAUAUUUUAAUGAUUUAUUAAAUUUAAAAGAACAGCAAAAAAUACAAUGGAAUAAGUAUUCUAGUGAUAAAAAAAAAAAAAAAAGUAAUAAAAAUACGGAGGAAAUAUCUAAUGAAAAUAUCAAUAUUUUUAGAGUAAAUGAUAACAUUGGAAAUGACGAUGACGAAGAAAUAAUUCAUAGUAAUAUUGAAGAAGAAUUUAAUGACAUUAAUGAAAUAACCAAAAGAAUCAAAGAUAAAAAGAAAAAAAAAAGUGUUUUUUACAAAUUUUUUGAUUAUGAAGAAGUAGAUUUAAAAAAAAAAAGUAAAAUAAAUGAAAAGUUAGGAGAUAAAAAAAAUUUAUCUAUGAAAAAGUCAAAUUUGAAAAAAAGUAUUAUACAAAAAAGUUCCAUAUAUAAUCAUAUAAAAAAAAAAUCAAAUGAAGGAGAUGAAUUAGAAAUAAAUGAAGAAGAUAAAGAAAGAAAAAAAAGGAAUUUAUACAUGAGUAAUGAUUUAAUAAAUAUUAUUGAAGAAAUAAACUAUUUAUUUAGUGAUUCUGAUUUAUCAAAUUCCUUAGUUAUAACUUGGAAUUUAUACUUUUUUUUAGAACAGUUACCUUUGAUAAAAAAAAAAUUUGAGAAAUAUAUUUUAGAAUAUAUAUGCACUCGCACAAAAAAUGUAGAAAAGAUAACUCAAAUUUUUAAUAACUAUGUUGAAUUUGAUAUAACAAUAGAAAAAUUGCAGAAAAAUAUUUAUACAAAAACAAUAUUAGAUGUUUUGGAUACUUCUAUUAAUAAUAUCAAAAAUACAUUAAAUAAUACAUUGUAUUAUAUAUUUAAAAUUUUAUCAAUAAGAAUCAUUUGUUAUGAGUUUCAAGAUGAAAUAUUCUAUAAACUUUAUGAUAAUUUUUAUUUAAAUAAUAUUAAAAAUAUCGUGAAUAUUUUUCCAAAUACUAUAGAAAAAUUUUUUGUUCAAUUGCCUAAGAUAUAUUUUAAGAGCAUAUUAACUGUAUUUAUAGAAUUUUUUAUAAAAAUUUGGAUGUUAACAAUAGUUGAGAAAGGUUUUUCAAAUUUUGUUUACACUGAUGAUCAUAUAAACAUUAUGAAAAAAGAUAACCAACAUGUAAAAAAUUAUAUUCAAAUUAAUAAUAUCCAAUCUACUCACUAUUUUUUAAGUGAAAAAUGUGAUAUUAACGAGUAUAUAGACAUGUUUUUUGAUAAAUUACAUAACAAUCGUGAUAUGUUUAAUAAAAUAAUCAGUGAUCAAAAACAUAAAAAAUCAAAAAAUAUUGUUUCAUCAGCGUAUAACAAGGGAAUGGCAAUUAUAACAGGAAAGAAUAAUAACCAUGAAGAAAAAAAAAAAUUGUAA